AUGCUCAUCAAAGUCUGUCGCACUGGAAGAGAGCGCCAGACAGUCAGCGUGUCCGAUAAUGCCACUGUUUUGGCCCUCAAAAAAGUCAUCGAGCAGCAGGUAAAGAUUCCCAUUGCCGAGCAGAACCUCACCUUCAAUGGACUAAUUCUGGAGGACGACAAACUCCUGUCGGAAUAUGGAUUCUUCGACAAUUGCACUGUUGUCCUCUACCUUCGCCUCGGCUUUAAGCCUGACUUCCAGCUGACCAUCUUGCUGCCAGCCAGAAAGAAAAUACAUUUUGAUGUGUCUGGCGAGAAUACCGUUUCUGAACUGAAGGAACUCAUUGAAAAAAAGAUUGGACUCAAACUGACCACCGCAGAACUGAUCUACGAUCAUUGGGUGCUUGAAAACGAACGCAAAUUGAUAGAAUACGACAUCACUGGUGGCUCCACUAUUCUGCUUGUGCACGAAUUGCGUGCCGGACCCAGUCUGGAGCUUCGAGAUUCCACGCAAGUCAGACAUGCCCAAACGAUACCUCAGUUCACAUCUUCGCGCCGUUUUCAUAAAAAAGGCGAGUCAGCUCUUGAUAUCAGCAGUCUAGAAGAAAAUGACGGGGAAGAUGAGGAAGAGGAUGACCUGAGAAAUCUGAUAACCGUUAUAUUCCUGGCCAAGACUGGGUCUCCCAUCGCUUUGAGAGUACAUCCCAGCACGCCGGUGGGAGAGGUGCGUAGCAAGCUGGCCCGGGUACUGCAUGUUCCCACUAAUUCUAUGUGGUUCGUUCGCGAUGGGAAGCCUCUUGACCCUGCCAAAACCUUCUCUCAGUACGGCAUUUCGCAUGGCGAAUCGGUGUGCUUGAUGUCAGAGGCCCACAUUGUGGAGGGCUCGCGCUUCUGGUACUCUUCGGAGGAGGAGAACAUUGAGCCGAAAAUUCGCAUCAUCGUUCAGUCUAAAAGUGGUCAAACUCUUGCCUGCCACGUACGUCAAAGCACGAAAAUUGGGUCGCUCAAACGACGCCUGGAAAGGGAGGUCGGUGUGUCCCGAACCAAAAUGGGCCUCUUCUAUCAGCAGAAAUUCCUCAGUGACGAAGCCUUAGUAGGUGACUAUGACCUCUCUGAUGGCGCUCUCAUCUAUUUGCGAUACUAA